AUGGCUCCUACACCAAAAAUCAACUCAAAAAAUCUGUCUUACGACAACUCAGCACCGCCAUUCCUCGCGGCUCUGCGCGCUCAAGCUGCUGGCGCAACUGGUCCUGAUCCACUGCUCGCUGCGCAAAGACGAUCAGCUAAAAAACGGUCCAGCAGCGAGGAAGCUGAAGAUGUACCGCUUGUCGUAGACGAAGACGGCAAUGUCGUGAGGCUUGAAGUCGACAAGGAUGGCGUUGUGAAGGAUACGGGGGAUCAUGACCUGGAGCCAGCAACGACGAAAGAUGAACCUGCCAAAGAAUCAGAAAGCAAAGCUGCCAUUGGAGGAAGAAAACGUAAGGUUGGAAAGGUGGUCGGUGGUGAUGCUGAUGGGGCCAAGGCUGAAGGCGAUGAGAAGGAGGAUAAGAAGAAGAAGGACACCUCUGAAAAGGAGUCUGUCAAGGAUCGCAAGCCAAAGAAGAAGGCCAAGAAGAUCAAGCUGAGCUUUGAUGAAGACGAGGGUUGA